AGCGAAUGAUACCCCAAAUAAAGGUUUUCGUAUGCUUCUCGGCGUCGGCUGCUUACUAUUCAUUCCCAGUCGAUCAAGGCCUUCGUCGCGUUCUUGGUGCUCAGUAUGAUGCGCAUCGUAUCAGGUUACUCAGAGCCAUAGGCCACACCCGUUCUCAGGUCUGAUGUGCUCCAAAUGGGUCUCGAUAUACUGGACAUGAUGCUCCACCCGCCUGGCCUCGUGUAUUUUGCCCCACCCUCGACUUUUCCACCCGAUGGGUUAUCAGUAACAACGAUCGCGGUCAUGCUCGCCAUAUUUUCCGGUCUACACGUCUGCACGUCUCGUCAUCUUCUGUUCGGCGCCUGCCGCUGCAACGUGUCGAUCGACUCGCCUGCUGCUUCCUUCUUUCCUUUGAACACGUGCAACCUGAUCCGGGCCUGUGUCAGAUCCGACUCGGAGUACGCCGGUGUAGGGCAACUGAACGUGAUACAACGAAUGCCAUCUCGACGAUUUGGCGAAACAUCUCACUCAGCCUCGUGUGUUGUGUGUCAUCGUAGCUCGACCAUCGGGGUAUUGAAAAGCCUUGUACCUCGGCCCACAGGCAUAUCCCUCCGUAUGCGCAUUCCAUGUGCCGAGCGAGGCCUUUUCAGGCCAUCUUCUGGUAGAGGCACAAGUACAGCAUCGUUACAACUGACGAAGCAACAAUGGUAUAGUUGAAGUAUAGGUCUCGGCAAGCUCCCG